AUGAAACAGGUUACCACCAUGAACGAGACUCUUGUGACACUAAUGGUCAAUGAUCUUAGUGCGAACGGUACUUAUGUCAAUGGAGAGCUUCUUGGGCGAGGAAACCAUUGCACAGUGAGACCCGGUGACAAAAUUUCACUUGCCGGAUGUGUCGCUUACCUGAUCAAACCGGCUUCAGAGAUCUCCGAUGGUCCUCCAAAGCGUAAGUCGUUCUUCGAAUGCUACGUUUUGGGUGAGUCUCUGGGUACGGGCCACUAUGCUGAGGUUAAAGAGGCUUUGAACAAAAAGACGACGGAGAUAUGUGCGGUCAAGAUCUUUCAUCCCCAAAGGGCAGACAUCAAAAACUCCAAAUCGAUUCAAUUGGACCGCGAGCUGGAGGUGUUGAUGUCGAUAAAUCAUCCGAACAUUGUGCGUUUCUAUGAAAAAUUUUACGAACCAGUGGAUCAUACUACUUUCACGACGUAUUUAGUUUUGGAAAAGGUUAAUGGAGGUGAGCUAUUUCAAAGAAUUGUCAGAAAGCAAAGGCUUCGGCAGGAUGAGACGAACGCUCUGUUCAAGCAAUUAUUAUCUGGACUGAAAUAUUUGCACUCGCGAGGCAUUGUUCACAGGGAUAUUAAGCCUGAGAACAUUCUACUAGACAUUAAACCACGGGAGACAGUUCAACAGACUCAGACGGGGCCUUGGGAUGAAAAUGAACUGGACAUCAAGGUGAAGAUUGCAGACUUUGGUCUGGCAAAGGUGAUUGGUCAGUUCAAUUUCACCACCACCUUGUGUGGAACGCCAGCUUAUGUUGCACCCGAGGUGCUGAGAUCCAAUGCUGAGAGGAUGUACAAUAAGGCUGUUGAUUUGUGGUCUACGGGUGUGCUGUUGUAUGUCUGUCUUUGUGGAUUUCCGCCGUUCAGUGAGGAGUUAGGACCUCCUUCUAUGAAGCAACAGAUUCUGCAAGGCAGAUAUGCGUUUUUCUCAGAGUUUUGGAAUGAUAUUUCCGAUGAGGCGUUGGAUCUCGUGGCCAGACUAUUGGUUGUUGACCCGAAUGAAAGACUGACUGUGGAAGAGGCCACACAACAUGUGUGGUUCCGUAAAGAAUCAUCUGAGCAGACCGAAUCGCUAAGUAGAGAACAACUCUACACUUUCGAGGCUGGUCGUCAGGCCUCCUUCCAGGACAUGAGAGCUAGAGCAAUGACUGUUCGAAUCCCAACGAGGGCUCUUUCCAGUCCGAUGACCCUGCAACAAAAGUUCACAAACGGUGUGAAUAAUGACGAUGAUGUCGAUAUGAACUAG